AUGGGCAUAGUUGAGGUAAAAGUAAUCACAAUAACUGAAGUGUCCUACAUAUUUUGUUGUUGUUGCUGCCAAAUGAAUUCCAUAUGAGUUAACAAGGAAACUGCUCGUUUCUACCUGCUCUGUUUACUCAUUGCUCUUUACAUGCUGGCUGGCGCUGCCAUAUUUUCUUCCUUGGAGAGACCAGCGGAGCUAAAGGCCCACCAGCUCUGGGAAAGGAGGCUAAGAGACUUCAGUCAUGAGCAUAACGUAAGUUGUGAAGACCUGAAAUCUCUGUUGCGCUACUAUGAGGAAGCUAGGACUGCAGGUAUCCGGGCAGAUCGAGGCAGAGCCCUAUGGGACAUCCCAGGAGCAUUUUACUUCGUGGGAACUGUAGUCUCCACCAUUGGGUUUGGAGUGACGGCCCCAUCCACUGUGACUGGGAAGGUCUUGCUUGUUUUCUAUGGGUUGCUGGGCUGCUCUGCGACCAUACUCUUCUUUAACCUCUUUCUGGAGAGAGUCAUAACAUUACUGAGCUUCCUGAUAUUCUGGUGCCACAGAGGGAGACCUGGACACAGCGGAUUGGAGGGCCGAACCGGUGAAGAAAACAGGAAUGAAGAGUGGAAACUAUCUGUGUAUCAAGUCACACUCAUCCUCUUUUUUGCCGUCCUGUUGGUUGCAUGCGGGGCUGCCUUUCUCUAUUCAGUCAUGGAGGGCUGGACUUACAUGGAGUCCCUCUACUUCUGCUUCGUGGCGUUCAGCACAGUGGGCUUUGGGGACUUUGUUAGUGGACAGAGAGAGCACCAUGAGGACACCUGGGCGUACCAGGUUGCAAACUGUCUCUUGAUGCUCUUGGGGGUGUGCUGCACUUAUUCCCUCUUCAACACCAUCUCUGUUAUCAUCAAACAGGGACUGAACUGGAUGCUUACGACACUGGCCUGGAUGUAUAGCAGUAUCUGCCACUAUAGGCUGCAGUUCAGACCACUGUUCAAACUCUGUUUUUCUGACUCUGAGCCACCUAUAUGUUGUUAUGAGGAUGACACUCUGCAUAGACAGCAGGCGCAAGCAGCUUCAAGUUUAGGCCACGGCAUGCUGUGGCACAGCUGUGUUCCCAAUGCUAAAUGCCUUUGUGGUGAGGCUCAAGUGGAAACAGUGUGCUGCAGAGAGAUAGACAGAGGAAUUUCUGCAAAACAAGAACAGGAUAAUUGUUUAUAUGAAAGUAGUAUAAUCUAUGCUAGACCACUGCCUACUUGACUGAAUUAAACAACCCAAUCACAACAAAAAAAUUAAAAAAACACAGAUACAUUACAUUUGCGUAUUAUUAGAUAGUGGACGUAAUGCGUUGACACUUACGAUUCAACAAUGCUGUGGUUAACAUUAGGUUAGGUUUAGGCACAAAAACCACUUGGUUAUGGUGAGGAAAUGAUCAUUUUUGCCUUUCAUGCCUAAAAAACUCCUGGAAAAGCAGCAAUGAGUUUCUAUAAAAUAGCCAAAUUUGGUACUUAAGAAGUUGCUGGAAAAACAGUGACAAGUCACUAAAUGGAUGAUGCCUAAAAAAACUGCUGGGAACAUAGCAGUGACUGGUGAAAUCACGAUUUUGUUUUUUGCUGGUCUCAAACAGGAGUCUGCAGCUCGGCAGGAGUCACAUCAUCCACCAUGCCCUCCACCUCAAGAUGACAAAGUCAGCUCACAUACUACAUCACUUCAGAAAAAUACAGUGCUAACAUUUAUUUCUUGCGGCUGGGCUGAAUUAAAAUAUUCCUGAAAAUAUUGCCAGUAAACACAGCAAUAGUAGUGUAGUCGUAGUUUUCUUUAGUUUUCAAAAGGUUAAUACGUUGUGAAUGUUCUCAGAUGAUUGGGAUACAAGAUGCACUUUGCAACCUUAGCAUCCCUCUCUCCCCCUCCAUCUAGGUGAUCUCUCCUCACUCGCAAUUCCACAACAUUUUAAGACUACCAUAUUCAGUUCAGUUCAGUUCAGUUCAGUUUUAUUGUUAAUGUCCCAAAGGGCAAAUUAGGUUGCAGCGGCAUAGAGGCACAAAAACACACACAUAAAAACAUGGUAAGACAGUGCAUAACAUGGAGACAAUACAAGUAACAUGCAGCAGCUACCGAGCAGUAUGCUAGCACACACCAAGUCAACAAGACUGCCAGCUGACUCCCAUUAAUAAUUAUACUAAAUAAGCUAGAAUAAGCUAAAAAAUAGUAAAUAUGAUACAAGUUCUGGGCAGUGGCCAGGAAAGUGCACAGAGUACCAAUAUGACACACAGUGUCUGAUAAAGUGCAAUCUCUCAAAGGAGCAAUCAAGAAAAAGUGCCAGUAAAUACAUUAUAAUGAUAACAACAACAAACAACAAUGAGUUAUUUAAGACAACAGGCAGCCACAGCUAUGAGCGGCAUUACUUCCUUCCCUCAGCAGCAUUCAAUGCUCGGAAUGAGACAGGAAUACAGGAGUAUUUGUACCUGUCUUUAGUGGCCUGUGGGACACACAAGCGAAGGCCGGAUGGAAGGAGCCUAUACUCAGAAUUGAGUGGGUGAUUCGACUAGACAGACAAAAACAAAUUAUCAGUAAACCAAUGGCUAAAUCAGUUGAUGGACUGGAUAGCAACCGUAAAAGCUAACCUGAACUUGCUCACUUCAUGCUCCCAGUACCAAUAUGACAGCUUAAGUUUGUUUUGUGUUGUUUGUGUCAUAAUGUCUCUUUUUUUUGUUUUGUAAAUACUUUUGUUCUGUUAAUAUGUUUGUGCACUUUGCUUUUCUUCACCAUUUAAGUGUAUAGGUUUAUUUCAUUUCAAGGUGCCAAGGGGACAUUUAUCACGAUCGUACGAAUAUGACAACUUCAACUGCAACUUUAACUAUCAUCCUGCAGGAGACAGACAAUAAAAACACAGAUAACAUGGACAGAGUGAUGACAAUGACCUGCAGGCUUCUGUCAAAGACAUACAAGUAAGGGUAAUAAAAAAAGAGAUUCAGCCUUUGCUGUGUCUUUGUUUUGAGCCUCCCUUAUUGCAGCGUCCUGAAGGAAAGAGACCAAACUCAGUGAUCAGGACAGUUAAGAAUCAAUUCAGCCUUAAC